CCUUGGCCCGCGCCCAGCCGUCAUGGAAGGGGAUGCCCCGGCCGCCCCUGCUGUCCGCUACCAGCCGGCCAGCCCCCCGCGGGACGCCUGCGUCUACAACAGCUGUUACUGUGAGGAGAAUAUCUGGAAGCUCUGUGAAUACAUCAAAAACCAUGACCAGUAUCCUUUAGAAGAGUGUUAUGCUGUCUUCAUAUCGAAUGACAGGAAGAUGAUACCGAUCUGGAAACAGCAGGCAAGACCCGGAGACGGUCCUGUGAUCUGGGAUUACCAUGUUGUCUUGCUUCAUGUCUCGAGUGGAGGACAGAGCUUCAUCUAUGAUCUUGACACGGUCCUGCCUUUUCCCUGCCCCUUUGACAUGUACGUGGAAGAUGCCUUUAAAUCUGACGAGGACAUCCAUCCACAGUUUAGAAGGAAAUUUCGAGUGAUCCGAGCAGAUUUGUAUUUGAAGAAUUUUGCUUCUGACCGCUCUCACAUGAUCGAUGCCAGCGGGAACUGGAGAGAACCUCCUCCGUCUUAUCCAUGCAUCGAAACCGGAGAUUCCAAAAUGAACCUGAAUGAUUUUAUCAGCAUGGAUCCGGAGGUCGGAUGGGGCGUUGUCUAUUCGCUCUCUGAGUUUGUCCAUCGCUUUGGCAGUCUCAACUACUGAACUGGACAGGUGGAGGCGAAGUACAAGAGAAAAUCUAGCUGUGAACAACAGAUGCCUUUGUUUGGGAUAGCAAAUGGUAAUGGUGCAUUUGACCUGGAAUUAUGUUUCCCUCUUUAAAUUCAAUUAAGUUGAAACACAAGUGAACACAAAUACAGUUGUCUAAAUAUUUGGGGGUGUGUCCAGUUGAAACUUGAUGUAGUGUGUAUUUGUCCUGAUACUCCUGUGUCUUAUUUGUUAAAACAUGGCGACAUGCCAGGACCUGCCCUUGGUCUGACAGGGUUGUGGAUUUUGUGCCAGUUUGAUCAGUUGGGUUCUCCCCCAGCGAUAUUAUAAGCUCUUUGAGGCCAGACACAUCGCUUGGUGCUCCGUGAAUCAUGGAUGUUUAUGGAAAAGCCCAGGAAGUGUUUGCUAGUGAUUGUUCUGUUGCUGGAGGAGGGCUAAUAUUGUGAGCUGAAUCAGCAGUAAGUCUUAGUCUUUUUUGACUAUAUAAUAGUUUCUUAUAAAAGAAUGCAGCCCUCUCAGGCUUGAGUGAUAUCUGGCUUAUUUAUGUAUGUUUCUAAAUAAAAAUAAUUUUGU